AAGAGCGUCCUCAAUAAGAGUUGAAUCAAACUGUUCUUGCAAAUUACGAUUUUUCUCCCUUUCCAUUCAACCCAGAGUCGCCACCGAUUCAGGCGUCCAAAUUCCAUUCAAUUCAUUCCACCUGCCCAUGGACUGGAUUCGAGGACAUGAGAUUGGGUGUGGGAGUUUUGCGACCAUCAAUUUAGCCAUGCCUUCUAACACUUCUACUGCUCAGUUUCCUCCAUUAAUGGCCGUUAAAUCAUCUCCAGCUGUCUCCUCUGCCUCGCUAAAGAACGAGAAGCGGGUUUUGGAUCUUUUGGGUGAUUGCCCUCAAAUUAUACGGUGUUUUGGUGAGAGCUGCAGCGUUGAGAGAGGCGACGAGUUAUAUAAUUUGUUUCUUGAGUAUGCUAGUGGGGGUAGUUUGGCCGACAGAAUACAGAGCCACGGUGGUUGGUUGCCGGAAUUUGAGGUUCGGCGGUUGACUAGGACGAUUCUCGAAGGGCUUCGGUAUAUUCACGAGAAAGGAUUUGUUCACUGCGAUGUGAAGCCUCGGAAUAUUCUAGUGUUUGGUGACGGCGAUGCUAAAAUUGCUGAUUUUGGAUUGUCGAAGAAGGCGGGGAAAAACAGAGCAGAAACAGGGGAAGAGGGGAAAUUUCAAUUGAGAGGCUCUCCCCUGUACAUGUCGCCGGAAUCGGUGAACGAUAACGAGUACGAGUCGCCGUGUGACAUUUGGGCUGUCGGAUGCGCGGUGGUGGAGAUGUUGACCGGAAAACCCGCUUGGAAUUUCCCAAUGGAAUCCAACAUCUAUUCUCUGUUACUUAAAAUUGGGAUCGGAGAGGAAUUGCCGAAAAUCCCCAAAUAUAUUUCCGAGGAAGGGAAAGAUUUUCUGGGUAAAUGCCUGGUGAAGGAUCCCGCAAAGAGAUGGACGGCUGAGAUGCUUCUGAACCAUCCAUUUCUAGCAGACUCCGGCAGCAGCUCUGUUCCAUUGACGCCCAAGGAUGAACCAUCAACGUCGCCGAGAUGCCCUUUCGAUUUCGAAGAUUGGGCAUCAAUUCACUCGCAAGAGGUGGAUCAGAAAUUCGAGGAAGAAUCAAAUUGUUGGUUGGAUUCGUCGUGUCCGUGGUCGUGUUCACCGACGGAGCGGCUGCUUCAGCUAGUGGACAACGGGCCAGUUGACUGGGUCAUCACUGACAGUUGGGUCACCGUCAGAUGAUUUCCAAUCACGGUUGGAUUCGGGAGUGGACGCAAAAGACGGAGGGAUAUUUUGGGGUUGAAGAAUUUAAUUUUGGAAGAUCUUCAAUCAAAAUGAACGAUCCACAAUUCAUUUGAUUCGUUGAUUAGUUUUGAUUUUAUGUUAGUUGUAAAUUUGGUGAUGAUUGAUGGGUGGACACACGGUUGAGUUGAUGGA